AAUGAGCCCUGAAGUUCUGUAAGAAGCAGCCAGGGUACACUCUGCAGCACAGCUAGCAGCCUAGACUUCUGUUUGCAUUGCAGUAGACAGCCUUUUGUUAUUACUCUUCAUACAGAAUAGAUAUUCCUUUCAAAAUGAAUGGUCCAGUGGAUGGGUUAUUUGACUCCCAGCAUGACGAUGGGGCAUUCAUGUUCACCUCAGAAUCUGUUGGGGAGGGACAUCCAGACAAGAUAUGUGACCAGAUCAGUGAUGCUGUGCUGGAUGCUCACCUGAAGCAGGACCCAGAUGCAAAGGUGGCUUGUGAGACGGUGUGUAAGACAGGAAUGGUCCUGCUCUGUGGAGAGAUUACCUCUCGUGCUAAUGUGGACUACCAGAAAGUGGUGAGAGACACCAUCAAACACAUUGGCUACGACGAUUCAGGAAAAGGCUUUGACUACAAGACCUGCAAUGUGCUGGUGGCUCUGGAGCAGCAGUCCCCUGAUAUCGCACAGGGGGUCCACCUGGACAGACACGAGGAAGAUAUCGGAGCAGGAGAUCAGGGUUUAAUGUUUGGCUACGCCACAGAUGAGACAGAGGAAUGCAUGCCCCUGACAAUCGUCCUGGCACACAAACUGAAUUCUAAAAUGUCAGAACUGAGACGCAAUGGCACCCUUCCUUGGCUCCGCCCUGACUCCAAAACUCAGGUGACUGUGCAGUACAGACAGGAGAAGGGAGCGGUGAUCCCCGAGCGAGUCCACACCGUGGUCGUCUCCGUGCAGCACGACGACUGCAUCAAUCUGGAGGACAUGCAGAAGAUCCUCAAGGAGAAAGUGAUCAAGGCGGUCAUCCCAGCAAAGUACCUGGAUGAGGAGACCAUCUACCACCUGCAGCCCAGUGGCCGCUUCGUCAUCGGAGGACCCCAGGGCGAUGCUGGUGUUACCGGGAGGAAGAUCAUCGUGGACACGUAUGGGGGUUGGGGUGCCCAUGGCGGCGGUGCUUUCUCUGGUAAAGAUUACACCAAGGUGGAUCGCUCUGCCGCAUACGCAGCCCGCUGGGUGGCCAAAUCACUGGUUAAAGCCAAGCUGUGCAGGAGAGUCCUGGUUCAAGUCUCCUAUGCUAUCGGUGUCGCCACCCCGCUGUCGAUAUCUCUCUUCACGUAUGGAUCCUCUGACAAGUCUGAAAAAGAGCUGCUGAAAAUCCUACACAAGAACUUUGACCUCCGACCUGGUGUCAUUGUCAGGGACCUGGAUCUGAAGAAACCAAUCUAUCAAAAUACAGCAUGCUAUGGACACUUUGGAAGGAAGGAAUUCCCAUGGGAAGUCCCCAGGAAAAUGAAGUUUUGAUAUGACUCAUAGUUUUGGAAGACGUCACUGGGAGAAAAUCAGCUGUCACUCAAAAGUGGUGAAUGUAGGGCACCAGCACCAUUCUUUAAUUGUUCCAAUGAGACUCACAGGGGGCGUGUUUCCAAACUAUUACUACAGUCUUAAAUGAGCUCCUGCUGUUACUUUUAAACACAGUACAUGCAGGACGUCUAAUUACAGCUCACAGUGAUUGCCAGAGACAUACAUGCUUUUUAUGUUGUACAAAACAACCAAACAAACACAAAAAUGAUUGUCUUCUUGCUUCUGUAGCAAUAACCCUCGCCCCGUCCUUUCAUGGGGCUGAAAAACACAUUGGGGCCAAUUUAGGGAACAUGGUGCAGUUGGGUGUGAACAACAAAUAAGUGCUACAAGAAGGAAGUCUGGUUUCAGGAUUAGGCCACUGGCUUCAGGGCACAGAAUGAAUAUACAUGUUACAAACCAUUGUAUGUAAAUUAGACUGGUUUUCAUUUCAGGUUUUAAUUGGUUGUUUUGUUUUUUUUGUGUGAAGCGCUUUGUGAUCCUUUGGAUGUAUUGUAUUGUAUUGUAUUGUAUUGUAUUGUAUUGUAUUGUAAAUCAUACAUCAGCAUUAGAGGCAUAAGAAUCAGAUUCAAGAACUCUUAAGGAAUGUAUUUACAGCAGAUCCAAAGAGCAAAUAUAAAAAAGACGUGGCUGCUACAAACCACUGCAAACCCAAAGAGUGUCUGCAGUCUGCAAUGCACCCAGCAGGGCCCCGUGCUAAUACAUUCAACUGGGAAUGUAUUGUGUGAACACCUUUUCAUGGUCAGUAUGCAUACAAAGUCAAACAUUUGGACUGUUUCCUUUUCCCUGUUUAAUUGAAUAGGUAAGUGGUGCUGUCACAAUACACAUGCAUUGCAACGUCACAACCUUCUCUAGUUCUUCUGAAAACACAUGUUCUAUUAUCUAAAUGUUUGUAAAUAGACCUGUAUCAGGGUUGCUGCUUAAGAAUGACUUUUCAAAACAGCAGACCUGCAGAUGUGACGAUAUUGAAUAUAGAUGGUAUCUGCUGUGUAAGCACAUUUCUUUUAUAUUUCUCAUCUUGGCUUCCUUAUCUUUCCACUUUGAUAUUUUCAACAAUACAUUUAUGUCAGUAUGUGAAACACAGGCUGUAUCACAUGGGUCCCUUUUUCAGCUAGAUUAGUUUACCUGCAAACUAUAAAGUUUAAACUUUUAAGUCUUAAGUGCAUUUUUAUAAUUGUUUUAAACUCACUUGCUGUACUGACUAGGCCCUUGAUAUGAUGUAAAUGUUCCAGUUCGCAUGGAGUUUCUUUAUUAAAGUAACUACAGAUA